AUGCAAAGAGGGCUUUCCGUUAUAAGACCUAUUGUGGGGAAUAUUCAGGAUAACAAUCAUCUGGUGUGGGUCCUUCAAGGCCAGACCCUCAUAUCAGUCCCAGGGAAGCAUGGCAAGGUUCCAGUCACUAUCGCCUUAACCCCAUGCAAACAUCCGGAGGCUCUUGAGAAAGACAGAGGGAAUCCCGUGUACCUGGGACUGAAGGAACCGCAGUUCUGCCUGUUGUGCACGAAGGUUGAGGAUCAGCCCACGCUGAAGCUCACAGAACAGAACAUAAUGGAUCUGUACAACCAAGCUGAGCCGGUGAAGCCCUUUCUCUUCUACCACAACCAAAGUGGGACGACCUCCACCUUUGAGUCCGUGGCCUUCCCUGGCUGGUUCAUUGCCGUCUGCUCCAAAGGAGACUGUUCUCUCAUUCUUACCCAAGAACUGGGGCAAACCUAUACCACUGACUUUAAAUUCACUGUACUGGCUUAA